CAUUUUUCCAGCAGCCGGGAGGACAGGACAGAGUUCUUUAUGUGGAGAGGGAGGGGGAAGCAGCAACGGAGUUGCACGGCACUUUUACAGAAAGAAAGGCACAAUGGCCCGGUUAAAAUUGGUUUUAUCAGCAAGAAACCCAUUAGGUAUUCAUAGCGCGUGGGAUUUUCUUUUUCCUUUUUAAAAUUAAACAUUUAUUUUAAAGUGCUGUUCAGUAAUCCGAGGGUGUCCGCGAAGAAGAGGAGAGGCUUGUCCGAGUUGGACGCUCCUGGAUCCCACUUUCUUAUCUGAAAGGUUCCAACCGGCGAGCAACUUCGUGCAAGAUGCAGGGACUUUCAGCAACCGAUCUCCCUGCCACCUCUCUUCAGUAUCAGUAUGGGUCAACGGAUUACUUGUGCUCACCACGGCUGCUAAAAAAAGCAUCAUGUCACGAGAAGCCCGCCAUCAAGCCACGGCCGCAGCCGUCCACGACUCCCAGACCGCCAGUUGCACAGAAACCUCAAGUGCCCCCUAAACCUGCGCACCUGCUCGCUCUGGGACAAGACAAGAAACCCAAGAGGAUCCCACCGGCACCCUGCAGGCCUCUCCCGGCACCCCCACCGAAACCCAAACCCAGUUUUGUGUCUCCCGCAGUUGGAGCGCAGCCGCAAAAGGAAAUCCAGAAAGUGGGGCUGCUCAUCGAGAGGUUUGAAAAUUCAAGGGUCCCCAUUUUGGGGGCACUCCCCCUCUCCCAGCUGCACCUGUGUCUUAGAAUGGACACUGCGUGUAGUAUCAAUUCCUCCUGUGACCAGGACACCACGGCAAAGAUUGCCGGAGACUCCUCCCCCUUGAGCAAACUUGCACCCUCCUCCACAGAAGGAGUUGACGAUGUGGUCGAACUGUCCUGUCUGGCAUCCAUGCACAUGGACGGUUCUGAUGACACCCCGUUGGACGUGGAGGUGGACAUAGCACACGGUGAUGGUUGCCUUGAUGACAGGGAACGGGAUGACGGCUCCUCCCAUGAGUUCCUAGAGAAUCUAGAACAUCAGGACUCCUCAGAGCAGAUAAAGAUUCCUAACAGGGACAGCGGUAUCGACAGUCCAUCGUGCGCAGCUGAAGGGGAAGUGUUCCCUAAUGAGGACGCAAUUGAUGAGGAGGAUCAUUAUGACAGUGUCACGGAAACGGAGAGUCUGUCUUGUUGUGUUACCCUCAACAACAAACGGGAUUCAACUCAGGACGAGGACAGUGACUUGGACGAGGGGAGCGGUGGCGAAAUCAACUCUCUAACAGACACACAGAACGGCGAUCUGACCGAUGCACACACGGAGGCACAAAAAUGCUCAGAGGCGCAGAGGUUGUUCAACAUUGCCAAAGAACUUCUCCACACUGAAGAGGCCUACGUCAAGAGGCUCAACCUCCUCGACCAGGUGUUUUGCACUAAGCUCACAGAAGCUGGAAUCCCUCAGGAUGUCAUUACAGGAAUCUUUUCCAACAUUUCCUCCAUCUACUGCUUCCAUGACAAGUUCCUGCUUCCAGAGCUCAAGACACGAAUCACCGAAGAAUGGAACUCCAACCCACGUAUUGGGGACAUCCUUCAGAAACUGGCACCUUUCAUGAAGAUGUAUGGAGAGUAUGUGAAAAACUUUGACCGAGCAAUGGACUUGGUCAACACAUGGACGCAACGGUCUUCACAGUUCAAGAGCGUCGUUCAAAAUGUACAGAAACAGGAUGUGUGCGGCAACUUGACGUUGCAGCACCACAUGCUAGAACCGGUCCAGAGAAUUCCUCGCUACGAGCUCCUGCUUAAAGACUACCUGAGGAAGCUUCCCGAUGAUGCGCUUGACCGAAAGGAUACAGAAAAGGCAUUGGAGUUAAUAUCGACAGCAGCUAAUCACUCCAAUGCAGCGAUCAAGAAAAUGGAGAAGAUGCACAAACUGCUUGAGGUUUAUGAGAGGCUUGGAGGGGAAGAGGACAUUGUGAACCCAGCUAAUGAGUUGAUCAAGGAAGGACAUAUCAAGAAGAUGUCAGCCAAAAAUGGAACAGCACAAGACCGAUACCUCUAUUUGUUUAACAACAUGGUGCUCUACUGUGUACCUAAACUCAGACUAAUGGGGCAGAAGUUCAGUGUCAGAGAGAGAAUUGACAUUGCUGGCAUGGAGGUGCAGGAGAACGUGAAGCAGAACCUUCCCCACACAUUUGCCAUUAUUGGCAAACAGCGGUCACUUGAACUUCAAGCCAGGACAUCAGAGGAGAAGGAAGAUUGGAUUCAGGUCAUCCAAGCCACUAUUGAUCGACACAAGCAAAACAGCGAGACUUUCAAUAAAGCCUUCAACAGCUCCUUCUCACGGGAGGAUGACCACGCACCCGAAUCACCGGGUCCCUGGUCAAACACAUCCAUAGACUCAGAUGGCGAGAGGCUGCAUGAAAGGAAGAGUUCAAGAAAAAAAGACAAAGAGAAACAGACGUGUAAAGGAUGUAAUGAGAGUUUUAAUUUCACCAAGCGCAAACACCACUGCAAAUCCUGUGGAGGGGCCAUAUGUGCAAAGUGUUCAAAAACCUUGGACAAUAAAACAAGUCGAGUGUGCCCAGAGUGUUUUGAGGCCAGCCUGAGUUUGGAGAAUCUUGGUGGUGAACAGAAAAAGAAAGUAGCAGCAGAGAUAAAAACAUCACUAACAGGGGAGAACUGCCUCUUGUGUGGCCACCUGCAAGUGCAGGACAAAGGAAAGAGCUGGACCAAGAUGUGGGUGGCUGUCACAAAGGCUGAGCCACUGGUGUUAUAUCUGCAGAGUAACGGGCAGGACGUGAAAGGAGCAAGAGCCAUUCCACUGCCUGGGUUUGAGGUGACCACGCCGUCGCCAACCGCAGAGGUCAAGCAUGCAAUUCGGCUGAGUCACAGUCAGCAAACUGUGCUGCUAAAUACCCAAGAUGCGGAACUUCAAGCCAAGUGGGUGGAGCUCCUCUCAAAAGCAGCCCGUGGGGAAGCCGCCGCAGAUGCUUCAACAAAUCUGACUGAACACCAGAAGAGCCAAUAGUGGUCAGGACACCCUCCCUUCCACCAAUUGCAUAAUUCCUUCCCUCACCCUGUCCCCUGUGCAUAGAGCACACAUUACUUGAAUAUGCUUACCUUGGCACUUUUUUGGUUUCUUGGAAGAGACUAUGCAGUCCUUCCUAUACGCCACUUCAGCCUCAUCCUCACUCACACCUCUUCCUUGCCACAAUGCCACCAUGUUGUAUUCCUCUCCAAAAUCUAAGAGAAUCUUCUGAUGAACUCAUGUUUUAUUUGUAUAAUAGCAAGAGAUUCCCGCGUGGGUUUAAUCAAGAGGGUAAAUGUACAUUAUUACAUUAUUAUGACUGUGUUGCAAUUCAGAAACAUCAAGUCUUUUUUUUUGUGUGUGUUUAAUGUGAAAGCGUGCGUGUGUGUGAGAGCCUCUGCUCCUUCCUGUGUAUAUGAAGCAUUUGAAUGUUCGUGUCAUAAACCUGUGCCACUUUCCUGUCGUUGCUGGGGCACAGUGGCAGUUCAGUGGGUAUUGUUGUACAGUAUGUAUACAAUAGUGUGAAUCAAAGUGCAUUUUAAGUUAAAAGACACUGAGGUGUGUACAAUUGUGGCUGGCCACCUGACGCUCCCACUGGCAGCUCCCAUUGAACAAACUCCAUCACCCUACUUUUGUCUUUAAUACAGUAUUUAAUACCUGUUAUUUGUCUUAAAAGUAAAAUUCUCUCAUGCAUAUUCUUCUAUUUCUAUUAUUUAGACUCACACAAAAGAGAGCCAGAAAUGAGUCUAACCCGUCAGUAUCUCCGGUUGUGCACGUUAGCUCAUUCACUGCCAUUGACUGCGAUAUACGUCAAAUCUAUUUAAAUGAGCUUGGCUGGGGAUGAUGACCGAGUUUCAGUGCCAUUGGGGUGAUUUAUGAAAUAGCAUUAAUAGGGAUGGGAAUCGAAAUCCGAUUCCAAUUCCGAACCGGUUCCUAGUAUUUCGAGGCCUCGACAUCACAAUGAAAAAGCCUUAAUGAUCCCUUUAACGAUUCCUAAAGACGCGUACUGCGUCAUCACGUGACGUGACGAGUCUUGUUGUCCAGACGCAUCCUCAAACUAGCAUGGCGCCAAGAACCACUCGCUCCAAAGUUUGGCUGCACUUCACCAGGAAAGGGUGAAAAUGAAAGAUUACGAUGGUUUAGCACGAGCAUUGCAGCCUUAAACAUAACAAUGACAACACGUAGGUUCAAACGCUCGAAAGUGUGUCUUCACUUCACGAGGAAAAAUAACAACAAUGCGACUUGCAGUCAUUCAGCCAUGAAAAUCACUCACCUUUUGGCUAAAUUCGGCAUUUUGUAAUCAAAAAGGUUGACAUACUUGAAUUGUGUAGAUGCGAGGAGAACAUCUUUAAGAAGGUGGGGUCGUAAUUCCAUCUAACUAACGACAUGUUUUAUUAAAGUUGCUAAACCUGUCGCAAUAUGAAAUGAGUCCAUUUGUCGCAAGAUAAAUAAAAAUGAGGACGAUAACUUUCACGGCUGCGUUUUAUCAACCUGUGCGUGCAUGCAUACAUUUGUGUGUGCGUGUAGAUGACUACCGUAAUUUCACGAAUAUAACGCACACUUUUUCCCCCCAAAAUCAACUUGUAAAAUCAUGGUGCGCAUUAUAAACGGGUACAUGGAUGGAGAGAGAAAUAUAUAUAUAUGUAUAUUACAUAUACUGUAUAUAAACUAGGGCUGCAGCUAUCGAAUAUUUUAGUAAGGCAAGGCAAGGCAAGGCAAAUUUAUUUAUAUAGCACAAUUCAACACAAGGCAAUUCAAAGUGCUUUACAUCACAUGAAAACCAUAAAAAUCACAUUUAAAUCAACACAACGUAAAAACCAAGACAAAAGAUUGCAUUUAAUCACAGAAUAAAAAUAAAUAAAUAAAAAUAAAACAAAAAUAGAAAUAAAGCAAAAACUACUACUAAUAAUAAUCAUUGAAAUAUAAGCACAAGAGGAAUAGAAGGCAGGUAGAUUGAAAUAUAUAGACAGUUAUGGAUAUGCAGUGCUAAACAAAAGCGUUUUUAGCCCUGAUUUAAAUGAGCUAACGGUUUGAGCAUACUUCAGACCUUCGGGUAACUUGUUCCAGAGGUGAGGAGCAUAAUAACUAAAUGCUGCCUCACCCUGCUUGGUUCUUGUUCUUGGAACAUGUAGAAGACCCGUUCCAGACGACCUUAAGGGUCUAGAUGUCUCAUAGGAAUCUAACAAGUCAAGCAUGUAUUUUGGUCCAAGGCCAUUAAGUGUUUUGUAGACGAGCAGUAGUAUUUUAUAGUCUAUCCUUUGACUCACUGGAAGCCAGUGUAGCGAUUUCAAAACCGGUGUAAUGUGGUCCAGCUUCCUUGUAUUUGUGAGGACUCUGGCUGCAGCAUUCUGUACUAGCUGCAGCUUCCUGACUGAUUUUUUAUCAAGACCUGUAAAUAUACCGUUGCAGUAGUCCAAUCUGCUGAAAACGAAUGCAUGCAUAAGUUUUUCCAUGUCUUGUUGAGUCAGAAGCCCCUUAAUUCUGGUUAUAUUUUUUAGGUGGUAAUAAGCGGAUUUAGUGACGGACUUUAGAUGGCUAUCAAAUUUUAGGUCUGAGUCAAUAAUUACGCCAAGGUUUCUGACUUGAUUUGUAGCUGUAAGUGACAUUGUGCUAAGUUGGCUGCUUAUCUUUGACCUUUCCUUUUUUGGCCCAAAAAUGAUCACCUCUGUUUUCUCCACAUUUAACUGGAGAAAAUUCUGGCACAUCCAUUCAUUGAUUUGAUGAAUGCAUUUACUCAGGGAGACUAAGGGACUAUAAUCAUGUGGGGACACAGAAAUGUACAGUUGUGUGUCAUCUGCAUAGGCGUGAUAGGAGAUGUCAUACUGUUCCAUUAUCUGAGCUAACGGAAGCAUAUAGAUGUUAAAUAAGAGUGGUCCAAGAAUUGACCCUUGAGGGACUCCACACGUGAAUUUGGUUCGUUCUGACUGAUAAUUUCCGAUUGACACAAAGAAAUCCCUAUCAUGUAAAUAGGAUGUGAACCACUGAAGAAUAGUGUCAGUAAGCCCUACCCACUGUUCCAAUCUGCUGAGUAGUAUGUUGUGAUCAACCGUGUCAAAUGCGGCGCUGAGAUCCAAUAGUAGCAGAACAGAUGAUUUGCCUGCAUCGGUAUUCCGACGAAUAUCAUUUAGGACUUUGAUAAGCACGGUCUCGGUGCUGUGUUGUGGCCGAAAUCCAGACUGAAAUGAGUCAAAAAGAUUGUUUUGGAUCAUAAAAGUCUGGUAGUAAUCGAGUAAUCGACUGAAAAUUCUAUCGAUUAAUCGAGUAAUCGGAUAAAACAAAUAUAUUUUUAGGUGAAGAGCAAUUAUAAAUAUACAUGAGAAAACAAGACAUUUCAUCUAAUCUUGAACCAUUUUCAGUCAGUCAAUGUCUUUAUUUUCGAUGUAUAUUGUUGAAAACAGCCAACAAUUGCAUCUCAGAUGUAACUAGAAUUUUUAAAAAAGACUAAUUCACUGCUUUCACUCAAAAAACUUUUAGAUAUUAUUAAAAAAAAUAAUAAAAUUAUAUAUAUAUAUAUAUAUAUAUAUAUAUAAUUAUAUAUAUAUAUAUAUAUAUAUAUAUAUAUAUAUAUAUAUAUAUGUAUCUUACCUAAAAAUGCCGUUACGCUUGAUAACACACAUCACUUAAAAGUUAGGAUUUUUUCCCCACGUGUUUCAACUGAAUUUCUCUUUAUAUCAAGCCAUUUUUAAGUUCUAGUUAAGUUUUAAGUUAGUCUAAACUGUAAGUCCUGAUAGGAUUUUGAGUUUUUGCAGUGUUCAAAAUAAAUGUAUGAUACAGGCUGUAUUGGAGCACAUUAGGGACCAGUGCUACUGCUACUUGGUGUUUUAUCCAGCAAUGACUACUGAGCUAAAAUUGAUAGUUAGCAUGAUUAAGUUUUUAUUUUACACCCUCAUCACUCCACAAUGCUAUGUUAUGUUAAAGCCUGUAUGUAAGACACGUUAGCCACGCAUCGACAGUGGUCAUAAUUAAUUGAAACCUAGCCCUCCGCAGGGCUAACGUUACGUGAGCUAGUAGCGACAGUAACAUUAAUCUUAUUUAUUAGCGCUUAGCGCUCUUUAUUAGCGCUCUACUGCUUUAAGAUGGCGGCUGUUUACUAACGCUGCCCAGACGCGGCCGAGUCUGUCAUUUCGCAUCGAGUUCAACAUACAUGUGAUCUCUAUGAGGCGCAUCUGACGCUACCUGUAACUAACGUAGCAUGGGCGGGCUAGUAUUUAGCAACGUCGGCGUCGUUUGUAGCGGUUGUCGGCUGCAGUAAGUUUUUUUUUUUUUUUGCUUCUUCCUCUACGCACGUGACAUCAGCGCGUUGUCCCACAUUAAAAGUAGUCCGAGCAAAACGUGACGCUUAGAGCUGUCAAAAUAAACGAUUACUCGAGGUGAAUAAAAUUACUCGGAUCAGUUUUUAAACUCGAGUUACUCGAGUUGCUCGAGUACUCGUUUCAGCUCUAAUAUAAACCAAUUUUUUUUUUAUUGACACGGCCACGUUGUGUUGAAGAAACGUAUGCGGCGACCCGUUGCCGACCAUUACGGUACGUGACGUCAUCAUUUUGUUUCUGUGAUACCUCACUCUAAUCGGCCGAAUUAUUUCGUCUGUGUUAAAUUGUGUUUUUUUUCACUCUUCAUAAAGCACAGAAUUUAGUUUCUUGAACUCAUUUGAAUCGACGUUUAUUGCAGCUCCGCAACUCGGACCAUAACAAACGUAAGCACACACACUUCCUGUGUCCGUCAACUAUAUCGGUCCCUCGGGAAACUCAAACCCAAAUAACAAUAGUUCCUAUUGUUACUGUCGUGUUGACAGCGAUGAGCUCUAACGGAUUUCCGACUGACGUUCUCACUUUCAUUUUACCGUAUCAAUCCAUGGAAGAAACAUUUAUUCAUCAUGAUGAAACGAGCAAGUUAUACAGCAGCCUUUAAAAGAAAAGUCACAUCUGUUUUGUUUUCUCCUAGAUUCUGGUAAGUUGGAGAAGUUGUCAAAUCAUAUUAUUACCGUAAAUAUUGUCAGUUUAUGGUAAUGUUUUGAACUACCAAUGUGCUAUGCUUGUGCUGUGUUUCACCAGUCAGUAAAAUGACAUUUCUGUAUCUGUACAUGAGCUCUGUUUUCUUGUGUUCUUCUAUUUAUUGGUGCUAAAAUUAGAGUGCGCGUUAUAAACGGGUACAAUAAUUUCCCCUAGAUUUUACAAGUAAAAUUUGGGGUGCGCAUUAUACACGGGUGCGCCUUAUGUUCGGAAAAUUGCGGUAUUAGACUUCAGUUCAUUUCACAGAUGUUUAUUAGUAAUCAAAACGCCGUAGAAUUACAGUUCAGACAUAAAAAAAAUAAGGAAACACGUGUAUAUUAAACACUGUAAGCGUUAGCAUUGCUACAUUGAGAGUAUUUGGGAAAAAAACAACAACCUACUUUAGCCUGCUAUAAAACAUUGGCAGUCUUAUCCAAAACGCAAACUUGCGGUUAAAAGGUGACACUUCAAACAUGAGAACAUGAGAGAAGCUGUUAGCGGUUUAGCGAACGCACUUCCGGUGUACAUUUAAGAAAUAAAAGCACACCACGUUCAUAUAAAUAACGAUUUCUGGAGUUAAUCCCACAUACUUCAGAAUUAAUACUAUAAUAUGUAAAUACUAUAAUACAACAGAAUUCAGAUUCUACACUAAGAAUAGCUUGAAAAUGACAUCCUUUUUGAAAAAUAUGAUUGGCAAUGAAUAUUAUAAUUAUUAUAAUACUAUUAUAUAUUGUAGUAUACUAUCAUAAUAAUGCUAGAUUUUUUUUUUAGAAUUAUUUUGAAUAAUGUUGGAAAGGCUAAGUUAGUGUUCUGAAUUUUUACAUUCCAUUCUUUUGCACUAAUGCUAUGACCAUUUGACCUCAUUGUUUAUGUGUGAAUAAUUAUUGUUAUUUUCAUGAUUAUUUGUACUUCAAUAAAGAAUUUAAGUGUUCCAAAAUGUUUUUGUGAAUUAAUAAGCGUCAACAAAAAUUUCAUUGCUAAAUUAGUAACAAAAAAAAUAUACGUAUAUUAUUUUUAAUUAUUAGUCGACUAAUUGUAAAGAUAGUCGGCUGACUAAUCGGGAGAAAAUUAGUCGUUUGGGACAGCCCUACCAGAACAUAUUUCCUCCACACCCUUGUCACCUUUUUAACCCCUGAACCAUUUUCAUGCCUGGUCAUUGCAAGGUGGAGACAACUGCGUCGGAAAGGGAAUACGACCAAUAUGCCAAAAUGUACCAAUAUUUUUUAUUUCUUUUAGAAAAAAUGUUUCAGUAAAAUGUUACACAUUCUUGUGUAUUUGCCACAUAUUGCCACAGUUAACAUUGAGGCUUUGGGCCUCUUUUGACCUCGUUGUGAGUUUGUAAGGUUGUGACUUCUGAUUAAACAAACUCGAUGCCAAUCAAAACGUUUGUUGUUCUUUUCCCCCAAAUUAGAAUCGAUAAGAGAAUCGAUAAAGAAUCGAAUCAAUAAGCAAUAUCGAUAAUGGAAUCGGAAUCGUAAAAAUACUAUCAAUUCCCAUCCCUAAGCAAUGAAGCAGUUACAACAAUAGGAAGGCUCUUGAUCUGUUUCCUUAGUUUCAGUCUUGUAAGUGGUAAUAUGCCAAAGUUACUGUGUGGUCAAUGUAAAGAAGAAAAAAAAAGUUCAUUUUUCGAGCUGAUCUAGUCUAUCACUGUCAAUGGCAGCCAGUGAGUUCAAUAUUUUAUUUUUGUUUAUUUUUGUGUUUUCUCUCAAUAUAGCAGCACCUGGCCUUCUCCUCACUCUUUGGUGAUGUGAUGGAAAUGAAGUACUGUACCGUCACUUUCUUAUGCCUUUCCCUCUGUACCCUGCUCCUAUAAACACCAGCCUUUAAAAGAAACUUGGAUUUCAACUUGCAUGUUAAGUCAAACAUAAAGCAGGAACGCAUAUCAUCAGUAACAGACAAUAAAGAGGAGAGGAAACUGCGCUGUCCAACAAGCUGUGCAAAUGUAACAAAUAUCUGUGUCCACUAAACAAAACUUGCAAGACUUGAUGAGAUGGAAUGGACAUGUUAUAAAUAUGCAUGUGUCUCAGUACGUGCUGUGUCAUGUUUUCUAAAAUACACUCCCAUACAAUU